AUGCCGAGCACCGAAGGUGGUCCUGACAAUACGUCGUCGUCCAUUGGGACUAGCUUAAAGGAGGGGGAUGCGGCAGCCAUGCCUCAGCCCUCGAAAGCGUCAUUUUCAGCGGAAGCUGGGCCUCAUCAGCCAGCGGGUAUUAAUACCAAGGCCACACUGCAACGGACGUCGCCGUCUUUGCCCACUUCACCCACGGGAGGGCAGUUUCCAAUCUCGGCAGAGAAUGACAAGGUGAAGGAAAAAGAGAACAGCAGUCUACGAAUUCUCCGUCGCAUGCUCCCUGGAUCGUCGGCCAGUAACACAAAUGAUCGUGAUACUGGUAUUCACGGUAUGUCCGCCUCGAUGCAGGACGCAGGACUUUUGUCAAGACGGAAUAGCGGUGCACCUCCUUCUCCAGCCCAAGAAUCUUUUGCGCAAAAGAAUGGCUCCAUUCGUGCUGAUGCGGAUGAAUCAGCCCUAACGGACUCACUGGAAAACCUGCACCUCAAGUCACACUCGGGCCAACCCCUGAGUCGUACGCCUUCUUUCAAGGCUCGUGACCGGCAAAAUUCGACCCAUGCCAUUGACUCUAUACCUGAAAAUCGCUUGACUUCCAAGGCCUUGCAAGAUUUGGACGCUCGUGGCCGUAGCAACUCUAUAUCACAGCAGGAGAAGGCUAAGGCCACGAGUCACGGAGCAUCGCUGCGAGAAAUGAUUAUGAACAAUCCUAUGAUUUCUCGCAAAAGCUCGUCGCAUCGCUCAGAUGGAAGUACCUCUAGUAAAGGAACUAAAGACGGUAAAAAACGCAAAGGAUUAGGCGCCAUGAGCAGUGUUCCGGGAUCAGGCGAGGUGGCAAGUCUUCUGAAAAAGUAUGGCACUUGUGAGCGCGUAGCCAUCGGAAAAGGUGCAACGGCUGUUGUUCGUGUUGCCUAUAAGCGAGAUCAGUCGAAAGAGCAAAUGUAUGCUGUCAAAGAGUUCCGUAAGCGUCGCAAGAAUGAGUCUGAAAAAGACUAUGUGAAAAAACUCACUUCAGAGUUUUGUAUUUCUUCUACGUUGCACCAUGUUAACAUUGUUGAGACUGUGGAUUUGGUGCAAGACGAAAAUCAGCACUGGUGUGAGGUCAUGGAAUAUUGUCCUGGCGGAGACUUGUACGCAGCCAUCAAGAAAGGUGGAAUGAAACAAGUUGAAAUGGAGUCGUACUUUAAGCAAACAGUCAAUGGUAUUCAUUACUUGCACUCUAUGGGUGUGGCUCAUCGCGACAUUAAGCCUGAGAACCUCUUGCUCGAUGGAAAGGGCCACGUCAAGAUCACUGAUUUUGGUGUGAGUGAUGUCUUCCGCAUGUGCUGGGAAAAAUCGACCCACUACAGCAAGGGUCUCUGUGGCUCAGAGCCCUAUAUUGCGCCAGAGCAGUUUGAGCAGAAGGAGUACGAUGCACGCCUUGUCGAUAUCUGGGCUAUUGCCAUUGUGUUCUAUUGUAUGCAGUGCCAAGAACUCCCAUGGCGAGUGGCGAAGAUGUCGGACCCCACAUUCCAAGAAUUUGUGCAUUCGUACUUGGGCUCUGCCAUGCCUCGACCGCUGCCUAAUUUGUCUCCGCGUGAAUGUCGUCCUUUGUUGAAGAAGAUGCUCUGCCCUGACCCCAAGAUGCGAUGUAUGACCGAUGAGGUAGUGAAGGAUCCUUGGUUCAUUCAGGUCCCUAGUGUGGUACCUCAGUCUUUGUAA